AUGGCUCUCGCCAAACCCUCUCCGACGCUAUACGUAUCCAACCUAGAGACCAAGACGAAGAAACCUGAAUUGAAAGCUUCUUUGUAUUCCCUCUUCACACCUUAUGGACAAGUAAUCGACAUCGUAGCGAAGAAACACGGUGGAGGAAGGGGGCAGGCAUUCAUAGUAUUUGCCGAACAGGCUUCUGCUACCUCUGCGUUAAGAGGGUUGAGUGGAGAGUUAUUCUACGAUAAGGAAUUGUCAAUAUCAUACGCCAAAUCACCCUCCAACACCACCCUCUCCCGCCAAGACCCCUCCCUGUCCCGAGAGAAGGCAGCGAUGGAAGCUGCCAAAUUGGUCGUAUCGAAUGCUCAGGGUGAAUACGAGCAGUUGGAGAAAGAGCGUGAGGCGGAUGAAGCUGCUCUCAGGGGAGAAAAGAGGGAUUUGGAUACGGAGGAGAACGAUGGUGGUGAAGGGAGAGAUUCAAAGAGGCAGAAAGGUAAUGAUGAAGAGGAGGAAGAAGAGGAGAUGGAGUUGGAUGAUGACGAGGAUGAACAAGAUAAUCAUCCUUCCCUUAUAUGUACGAACCUACCCCCCGAAUGUAAUUCCGAUAUAAUGUCAGCGUUGUUCUCACAAUACACCGGAUUCAUCUCGGUCACCUCAUACAACUCGCCCAUCCCCAAAUCUCAUCCAACACCUAACAAAGGUUCCAAAUCUUUCUUGGUAAAAUUUGACACCGCAGCAAACUCAAAGAAAGCUGAAGAGGAGACGAAAGGGUAUUUGAUGCAACCGGGUUGGGAGAUGGGUGUCUCUUCGAAGUAA